AUGGUAAAUUUUAAAUCAAUUAUUGUUUAUGAUUCAGAAACAACAGGGCUUCCUCAUUUAGAAAGUAACACUACUAAAAUAACAGAAUUGGCAUUUAUGGGUUGUGAAAUUGAACAUUUAAAAAAUAUUAAUAAUUUACCAAGAGUUCUUCACAAGUUGGUUUUGCUUUUCAAUCCUAUGAAAAUGAUUUUACCAGAUAGCAGUGAAAUAACAGGUUUAGAAAAUGAAGAUUUAAUGAAUAUUAAACCUUUUUGUGAAGAAGAUGUUCAAGUACUGAUACAUUUUAUUAACAGAUUACCUUCUCCAGUUUGUUUGAUAGCACAUAAUGGAAACAAAUUUGAUUUUCCUAUAUUGCAAAGGCAACUUUUUAAAUUAAAUUUGAAAUUACCAGAUUCUGUUUAUUGUGCAGAUUCUAUAAAAGCAUUUCAAGAAAUUUAUCCGAAUAAUUCACAAUUAGUCAAAGGAGGAUCGAAAACUUAUUCGAAAAUUACACACGUACAAAAGACUCCACUGAAACAAUCACAAACGCCUUUAAUCAUUUCCGAUUCAAACAUACAAAAUGCUAAUAAAUUAAAAGUGGUUAGACAAUUGUUUCCGGAGGAUUCCGAUGAUGAAGUUCAAGUCGUUUACUCAUCCCUAGACAAUAGUACAAAUGAAAAGACUGAAGUUAAAACUAUUAAGCCGAAUGCCCCUGUAAGAUAUACGCUGUCUAGUGUUUACCAAUUUUUACAUGGUAAAAAUUUUGAAGGAGCUCACAGAGCAGAAGAUGAUGCGACAGCUCUUUUAAGCUGCAUCAUAAGAUGUGAGCCAUUUGUUAAUUGGAUUAAUGACAAAGCGGUUUCUUUUAACAGUAUUAAACCACUAUCAUGA